AUGGAUCUGUACGAGAAUGUCUGCAGUAAAAUCGCCCAGCGAAGCAAUUCAGUUCUUGUGUCCGUCGGUGUUUCUCUGUUAUGGCUCUGCAGCUACCGCUUAGCUCCUGAGCACCCCUUUCCCGCCCAGUGGGAGGACUGCCUUACUGCAACCCUACACUUCAUGAAACAUGCAGAGGACCACGGGGUGGAUCCUUCCCAGAUUAUCAUUGGUGGAGACAGUGCAGGGGGCAAUUAUGCAACUGUCGUUGCUCAGAAACUCACAGAGCAGCCAGAUCUUCCAAAGCUUUGUGCUCAGAUGCUGAUCUACCCAUAUCUCCAGGCGAUGGACUUCAACCUGCCAUCCUAUCAACAAAAUUCUGCCAUGCCACUGCUGCUCCGCCAAAACAUGCUUUAUUAUGCACUCCAAUACAUAAACAGGGACUCUUCUUUAUUGGAAGAUGUGGCAAAAGGAUCUCACGUGCCAUAUGAAAUGAGGCUGAAGUACGGAAAAUGGUUGGAUGCAGACAACAUCCCAGAGAAAUUUAAACGUCGGGGGUACAAGAGAAUCCCACUGGCUCCUUUCAAACGUGACAUCUAUGACCAGUUGGCAAUAAUUCUCCAACCUUCUUUUUCUCCACUUUUUGCUGAAGAUUCUGUCAUUCAACAGCUGCCAGAGACUUGCAUUGUGAGCUGCGAAUAUGACAUCUUUCGUGAUGACUCCCUGCUGUAUAAGCAGCUUCUGGAGCAGCACAGCGUGAAAGUCACGUGGUUCCAUGCUGAGAAAGGGUUUCAUGGAGUGCUUAACAUUUUUGACUUUGGCUUUUCAGAUGGGUUGGAAAUAAUGGACAAAACUGUGGAGUUUCUAAAGGGUUUAUGAGAGGUUUGGGCCUUGAUUCUGGUGGCAUGAUCAAAAAGAGCCUUUAGUCACACAGAAAAGUAAAACAGAAGUAGAUCCUGCUUAUUCUAAAAGUUCCUCAAUUGAGAAUGCUUAAUUGUUUUUAUUCUGCCAAACGCGGUAUCACUUCUGGCAGUUAGCAACAUCCCUAACGUCAAUAUAUGC